CCUCGCAAAUUCGCCACUCGAAAGGCAGCUGGGGAUCUAAGCAGAAUUGAGACCGCUUGUCAACGCGACGGAUUGAUAAGAAGUUUCAUUUUUUGCCACAUUUCGGAUCUGCCGCGGUGGAUAAUGAAAACACCAGGGAGUGAACACUUAGUAUUUACAUCUUUAUCUCACGUUUGAGGCUUAAAAGUUAAAGUCAUCGCGUGAUGCCGCUCCGUUGUUUGUAUAGGCGUCAAUGGACCUGAUCGCGUCGCGAGAUGUUUUGAUAGAUUUGGAUGAGCUUGUGUGGACAUCUGCUUUGUUGUUUCUAACUUGUCGUCCUUUGUGUGCACUUGAUGUUCCUUAUGCAUUUGUGGAGGAUUUGAAUUAGCAGCCAUUUAAGCUGUCCUAGAGCCAGCCAGGUUAUCUGGCUGAUCAUCAUUUCAAGUGCACUGCUGUCAUUGAACUGCUCAGAUGCAACAGUUGCAUGUGCAUUUCUUUUAUUAAGUGGCUCAGACGCCCGGAUCAUCCGCGCUUCCCCUCUGAAUGGAACGCACACAUUGUGAUGAGUGAAAUCUGGGCUGUGAAGUCAAGGGGAAUGCAGCCUGUCUAUUGUGGUGCGCACGUGAGGACAUGUCAUUUCCAGCAGCAGCAGCAUCAUGCAUCCUGAUGGCCGAAGCAGCAGCAUCAGCAGGUCGGAUGUCCUCAUGCCCAGCGCCGUCUAUCCGUCUCUGGUCGUCGGCAUCGCGACGGCGGUGCUGGUCUUCCAGCUCGGCUCUGGAGGACUCACUCUCACCUCGUUUUUCCUCAAACUCUUUAUUUAUGUGUCCUUCGCGUUGUUAUGUUUCCUGCUGGGAAUUCUCGGGCUGCUGGUGAAGAAAAGCCCCCUGAAGAUCAGUAGAUUUGACACCACUGGGAGACAGUCAUCGAAGCUCGUGGAUUUAUUCAAUAAGUUAAUGGGCCGGUUCUGUGUACCUCUGCUGGAUUCAGCCCAGACCAGGAGGGUUGUGGUGUCCCUCAAUGUAGAUAAAGCCCUCAAAGAAGUGUUUGACUACAGCUAUCGGGACUAUAUUCUGUCUUGGUACGUCCCCUUGAGUCGAGAUGAGGGCCAACUGUAUCAGAUGUUGUCUGAGGACUUCUGGGAAAUGACCAAACAGCUGCGAAUGCGUCUGUCUGAGGUGGACGUGGUCAACCUGGUCUGUAACGACAUGGUCAAGACCCUUCACACGCACUUCUGUGACCUCAAGGCUGCUAACACAAGGCUGGAGGAAGUACCACGGGCGUUUCCGUUGCAUCCCUGUCUGCGCAGUCCUGAUGAGGAGCUACGAUUCUUGCGCUGCUGCGCCCGUCUGCUCAUGCUGCGUCUGCUGCCCGCGCGGGACGCUCGUUCACGCAGUCUGCGCCUCUUACUGGUGGAGGUCGUCGCUACUAAAGUGUUAAAGCCGUUGGUGGACGCGUUGAGCGAUCCAGACUACAUUAACCGCAUGCUGCUAGCUCAGUUAGAGCACCGAGAGCAGGUGAAUGAGCAUCAUAAGAAAGCGUACACAUAUGCGCCGUCCUAUGAGGAGUUCAUCAAACUCAUCAGCAGCAGCUCUGACAUACAGUUCCUCAAACAGCUCAGGUAUCAGAUAGUUGUGGAGAUCAUUCAGGCGACCACCAUCAGCAGCAUCCCACAGCUGAAGAGACAGAAAGACAGUAAAGGGAAAGAGGCCGCCGCGCUGAAGGCCGACCUGUUACGUGCCAGAAACAUGAAGCGUUACAUUAACCAGCUCACAGUGGCAAAGAAGCAGUGCGAGAAGCGGAUCCGGCUCCUCGGGGGUCCGAACUAUGAGCAGCAGGAGGACGGAGCCCAGGAUGAAGGGGACGGUCCACAGAGUCAACGGAUACUUCAGUUUGAGGAGAUCAUGUCAAACUCAGUGUACCGGGAGCAUUUCCGCGUCUACAUGGAGCGUGUGGACAAGAGGGCUCUUAUUAGCUUUUGGGAGCUGGUGGAGAUGCUCAAGAGCGCCAACAAGAAUGAAGUGCCACAGCUGGUGGGAGAGAUCUACCAGAACUUCUUUGUGGAGAGCAGGGAGAUCCCGGUGGAGAAGGCUCUUUAUAAAGAGAUCCAGCAGACGCUGGUGGGGAACAAGGGUACAGACGUGUUCCACAGGAUCCAGGGAGACGUGUACGAGACCAUGAAGGAGCGCUAUUACCCAUCCUUCCUGGUGAGCGACCUGUACGAGCGGCUCAUUAAACGAGAGGAGCAAAGGAGCAGCUCACAGUCCAGCAGCGAGGAGAAAGACGACACCGGUCCGGUGAUGGAAGGAGGGGACGUGGCCCUGGAUGAAGGCAGCAAAGGCAUCAACGAACAGGCCAGUUACGCCGCAACCAAACUACACCAGCUGUACGAGAGGCUGGAGUACAAACGCCAAGCCCUGGGCUCCAUCCAGAACGCACCGCGCCCUGAUAAAAAGAUUGUGUCACUACUGAAGGAGGAAAUCUGCACCAUGGAGAAGGAGCACAGCGACCUCCAGCUGCACAUUUCACGGACGGACUGCUGGUGUGAGAACCUGGGGACCUGGAGAGCCGUCGUCAGCACCGCAGAGGCCUCGGAGGAGAAUGGAGAGCAGAUGGCGUGUUACUUUCUCGCCGUGAGCCUUUCUGAAGACGACGACUGCAAGAACAACCGCUGGACCGUCACCAGGAAGCUCAGCGAGUUUCAGGCUUUGCACAGGAAGUUGACGGAGUGUUUUCCGUCACUCAAGAAAGUUCAGCUUCCCUCACUCAGUAAACUGCCGUUCAAAUCAAUCGACCAAAAAUUCCUUGACAAAUCCAAAAACCAACUCAACACAUUUUUACAUAAAGUGUUGACAGACGAGCGCAUGUGUCAGAGCGAGGCGCUCUAUGCCUUUCUCAGUCCGUCACCAGAGCACCUGAAGGUCAUCGACAUCCAGAAGAAAUCCUCCUUCUCUCUCGCAUCCUUCCUGGAGAGACUACCGGGAGACUUCUUCUCACACCAGGAGGAUGAAGGUGAGGAUGACAGCGACCUCUCAGACUACGGCGAUGAGACGGACGGGAGGAAGGACGCGCUGGCUGAGCCCUGCUUCAUGCUGAUCGGAGAGAUCUUUGAACUCAGGGGCAUGUUUAAGUGGGUGCGGAAGACACUAAUUGCACUAGUUCAGGUCACGUUUGGACGAACUAUAAACAAGCAAAUCAGAGACACUGUAAACUGGAUCUUCAGUGAGCAGAUGUUGGUUUACUAUAUUAAUAUAUUCCGGGACACGUUUUGGCCCAAUGGGAAACUCGCACCUCAUAACAAAAGCCGCUCGGAGAGUGAACGCAGAGAAACUAAAGAGAGAGCACAACAGAAGCUUCUAGACAACAUCCCAGAUGCACUUCAGAAUCUCGUGGGGCAGCAGAACGCGAGAUACGGGAUCAUCAGGAUCUUUAAUGCUCUUCAGGAGACCAGUGCCAACAGACAUCUUCUCUACAUCUUGUUGGAGAUGCUGCUUAAAGAACUCUAUCCUGAGCUGAGCGUGGAAGCCGUACAAGCCUGAACAUCCUCACAUCACAUCAGAGGCUCAGGAUGUGUUUCUCUAAUGUGCUGGAUGGCUGUUUUUGGUGUUAUUUUUUUGUUCUGUUGUUUUAUUUCUGAAACACUUGACUGUAGUGCUGGAUCUAGGACGCGUCGUGAAUAUGUUUGUGUUUUAAUCCGUUGAUGUGUUUCUCUCUGGUGAGAUUGGAGGAACAGACCAUAUCCACUGCCAGCUGUCAUCUUCUGCUUUUCUUUCCCUCUUUUGUUUUCUUCUAGGGGGUUUUGCUGUGUAAUGUGAAUAACAGUGGAAUGAGUGUUACACAUCUGUAAAAAGAAGAACCCAGACCUCUGUAAACUCCCUACAUAUUAUUGUGACCAUUAUGAAAGCUUUUAAUCGUGCAAUAUGUCAUGUACAGUUAUUGUGAAGGUUCUGUUUGUGAUAUUAUUAUUAUUAUUAAUAAUGUUAUUAUUAUAGAAUUUUAUUUUUACCAAAAUAGACUAGAGCAUUUAUAAGCAAUAAAUUGCAAAAGAAGAUUUGCCAUGUGUUGUGUCUUUUAAUAUAAUGUGAUAUUAAAUGUGUACAUUAAAAUGCAAUUCAUAUUUUAAACUUUAAAACAAUUUCUUACAGUUUUCAGUU